UGUUUACUUCAAAUGACGAGCUCAUGCAGAUAACAGAUAACUGAUAACUGAGAUCUUGUGACUUGGCCAUUGCAGAUGUUUUGCAAUGAAGGGCUUCUGCAUUAUAAAGUCCGCCAUGACAGAAAAAAGACCAGCCACAGAUUGUGGCUCCUCUUCAGGUGAUUACAGCUCAGCAAGCAAGCGACCGAAGACUAAUGACUGUAGAGAAGAGUGUUCACUGAAUGCUGACAGUGCUGGUGAGUCAUGCGGCAGUGCACAGGGUACCCUUGAAUAUGAGAUGUGGGACCCACUUGACCAAGAUGAUGCAGAAAAAUCAACACAGCAGCUGAAAUGUUCUAUAAAUUCUUUAUCUGUAACCGGAAACAUAAUACCAUCAUUUACUGAAUGUUCCAGGCAAGCUGGCAUAGAAAACAACUGUCAUGAAAGUAAUAUUUACUUGUCAGAUGAAGUGGGAGCAUCUUUAGGUGAAUCACAAGCAAGUUCUUCUACUCUGCCACCUACACUUUGGAAAAGUACGUCAUUAGAGGGAGAUGCUAGGACAAUCAAGUCAGUGUUUCCUAAUGCCAACCUUCACCUUGUGUAUGAAACAUUAGCUAAGCACAGAACUAACCCAGACAGGUUGGAUAUUACCACAGAAGCUUUGUUAGACAUUAGUGAUGGUGACAAGUCACCUACUGGUGUCAUAAAUGCAACAAACAGAGCAACUACAAACUUGGCAGAAAAUGUGCUUAACCAGGAUGUGAAAAAAGUAGUGCAAUUGAUACAAGAACAUAGCCCUGUCAUUAUUCUAGACUUGACAGAAGUGUACAUCAUGCUGCAACAAUAUGCUAAAAAUGAAGACCGAGUGAAAACAGUAGCAGAAACAUUUCUUACCAGAGCCAAAAGGGAAAAUGGUGAUUAUAACCAUUUUGCACAAGGUGAUUCCAUAUUUGAUAAUGCAAUUAAACUCAUUGCUGAGUUUCCAGAUAUUCAUCCAUCAGUAAUUUAUGAAAUGCUUGAAAGGGAAGGGGACAACAAGGAUGAACUAGAUUCUUUGCGAAAGACUCUUGCAAACAUGGUAGAAGGUGUCGGGUCAAAGGGUUUACUGGAGGAGUUGCCACAGGGCUUAGACAACUCUCAGUCAGAUGAUUCACUUUACAGGGAUGACCCUGUGUAUCGUGAUAUGAGAACAAUUUCUAAGGUGUUUCCACACAGGGACCAGAACGAGAUAUAUGCUCUCGUUGAGGCCCAUUACUAUAAAAAAGAUCGGAUACAGGUUGUGAUUGAUGAAUUGACAAUGCUAGAGCGAGGAAGCCAGACUGAAGCAGACAUGUACAGUCCAGCAUCAUCUCUGGAGAAAAGGCCAUCUGAAAUAGCAUUUGAUACAAGUGCUUCCCUUGAAGAUUUGCAGUCUGAGAUUGACAGCCUGCAAGAAAUCUUCCCAGACUGUGAUCCCAACUAUAUAUAUCAUAGGCUUGAAGGAGCAAAGCACAUGAAAGAUCGGGUGAAGAUGAUAGCUGAAGACAUGUUUGAGCGAAAAGACUACCCUCGCUUGAAAGAUCUGGUUGAGAAACAGACAAAACUGUCACACAAACAGCGUUUGCAGAGACUGGAUUUUACCGUGGAGGACUUUCUUGCCAAGUUUCCAGAUCCUCAAGGCACUUUUAUGGAUGAAGGAAAAGAGAUGAAGGAGAACUACACAAGUCAUGUUUGGGCUCAGCUCAACUAUGACUUUUAUACAUUCAGACAUAGCUUUGUCAAAAAAGUUGUUAAGAAGCAUAAAUAUCAUUUUCUCCCAAUUGUUCAAGAAUUAGAAGCGACCAUGGCAGAUAUCUUGACUCGUGGAGGCCAGUCCAAAAAACUGCGGAAAUCACCCAUGUUUUUGCCUUUGGAGUAUCCACAGGAGCCUGAUGAAUAUUUUUUCUAUGAACUUUGGUAUACCAAAAAUGAACAUAUUGUAAGAGACUAUUUAGACCAGAAGGAAAAGAUGCGAACGGCUAAAAUCAAUGCAGCAAGAGACAAAAAUGAGCUUUAUGAAUGUCCUUGUUGUUUUGAAGAAGAAUGCCUUUUUGAGGAAAUGAGUUGCUGUGCAGAUGGACAUCUUUUCUGCCAAAACUGUAUUGUAUUUUCUGCCAAAACUUCAUUCAAUGAGGGAAAAACGAAAUUCCCUUGCCUCACGGGUUACUGUAAGCAUGAAAUUCCACUCUCUGUGCUCAAAAGUCUUUUACCAGCUUCCAUCUUCUCAAAGAUGUUGAAGAAACUGCAGGAAGAAGAGGUUCGCAGUGCUGGCAUCGAAGACCUUGUUGACUGCCCAUUCUGCAGCUUUGCCACAAUCAUGCCUGACAAAAAUGAUCGCGUGUUCAAGUGCCUAAACCCUGAGUGUUUGAAGGACUCUUGCAGACUGUGUCGAGAACCAAAUCACAUUCCUCUGAAGUGCAGUGAGGUUGAAAAACAAAAGGAGACGGACAUGCGAACUUUCAUUGAGAAGAGGGUAACAGAAGCUAUGAUUCGCAAAUGUCAUCAAUGUGGAAAGCAAUUUGUGAAAGAGUCUGGCUGCAACAAAAUGACAUGUGUUUGUGGAGCCACCAGCUGCUAUGUAUGCCGAGCUCGAGACAUUGACUACUCCCAUUUCGAUAGAACACGUUGUUAUGAUGAAGACAUGAAUGCGCUGCACCAACGGGAGAUGGAGGAGGCAGCUGCAAAGGCCAAGGCAGAGUACCUGCAGAAAUAUCCUGAUGCUGCUGACAUCCAGCUCAAGCAUGACCCUCUUCAGCAUCUUAAGAAUGGGUCUAUAGAUCAGCAGGAACCAUAUUCUGAUACCAGUGAAGAAGAAGAAGAAGAAGAAGAAGAAGAAGAAGAAAAUGAUGAUGAUGAUGAUGAUGGUGAUGGUGAUGGUGGUGGUGGUGGUGGUAGUGGUAGUGAUGAUAAUGAUUAUGAUGAAAUGUUACCAAACCAACAUUUUGAUGACGAGGAGGAUGAGGAUGAGAGGUCGUUUGCUUAUUAUCAGGUUAUUAAAGAUGAUGAACAGAUUGUAUAUUGA